CACGAUACUGCUCGAAAUCGGGACAGGUCUGGAAACUGGUCACUUCUGCUGCGCCUACAAUAGCGUGGAAUCCCCCAAAACCCUUUACUCGCUCGACCAUCUGACCAAUAAAUUUCAGUCAACCCACCGCCCCUGGCUCGCCAGGUUCCUACAAAGGUGCAGGACAAACCCGGUAUCUGACGGUUAUCUCAGCUGAUCUGCUUCCACGUUUCUCAGUGGUUCCAUUGUCGGCUCCCGGUCCCGGAUAGUGAUCGGAUUCAGAGCUCCACCCUCUCCCAUUCAAAUUCCAAGCCAGAAACAGAAGAGGAGGAGAAGCAGCGAGUCCAGAAGGAUUUCGCCGCCUCCCAAUCUUCGGUAAAAUCAAAAUGAGUGAUAUUGAUGAACAAAAUCCAGCUUCCAUUGGCAGUAAUUGUAAGAAGCAAGAGGUAAGUAAAUUCCAUGUGGGAAGAGAAGGCGCACCAUGGAAUGAAUUGUGGACAGAUGGCCUGAUCUGUGCUUUUGAAUUUGUCCGAGCCCGUAGGUGGGUAGGUCUAGAUAAAUCUGGUCCAAGGACCCAGUCUUUGCAGUGUAAAGAUAGUCUGAAUGCAAAGAAGCAAGUAACUAGAUCUGGGAUGGGUAAUGCUUCUUUGCAGAAUUUGAAUAAGAACAGCUUACUGGAAUCAAUGCCUCUCAUAGAUCUAAACAACACUGCCUCCAUCUUAGGUGCCGAGGAAGUUCCUCAACUUGAUGACUAUAAAGAAAAGCCAAAAUAUAUCAGGGAAUUUUCGGACAGCCAUUGGGUUCCUAUUGGUUGGGCUAGGAUUUCAGAACUAGUCCAGACGGUCCAAGCUGAUGCUAGCUGGGCUUCACAGCAGAUAGAUAUUACUGAGGAUGAGGAUGAUUUUACUGUUGCUGAUGUUGCAGCCCCUUAUUGGGAACGUCCAGCAGGGCCUACCUGGUGGUGUCAUGUAACAGCAGGUCAUCCUUCUGUUGAUGCAUGGCUAAGUCACGCUCCAUGGUUGCAUCCUGCCAUCAGUAUUGCCUUGAGAGAUGAGAGUCGGCUUAUUAGUGAACGGAUGAAGCACCUUCUGUAUGAGGUCCCGGUUAGGGUUGCAGGUGGGCUCCUAUUUGAACUUUUGGGCCAAUCUGUUGGUGAUCCAUUCCAUGAUGAGGAUGACAUACCCAUUGUGCUUCGGUCAUGGCAAGCUCGAAACUUUUUAAUAACUGCAUUGCAUGUCAAAGGUUCUGCCUCGAACAUAAAUGUGCUGGGUAUAACUGAAGUUCAGGAGCUUCUUCUUGCUGGUGGGAGUGCUGCUCCUAAAUCAGUUCAUGAAGUCAUAGCACAUUUAACUUGUCGCCUUUCUCGAUGGGAUGAUAGAUUGUUUCGCAAGUAUGUUUUUGGGGCAGCUGAUGAAAUUGAGUUGAAGUUUGUCCAUAGGAGAAAUCAUGAAGAUCUAAAUCUACUCAGUGUAAUUUUAAAUCAAGAAAUUAGAAGAUUGGCAACACAGGUAAUUAGAGUUAAAUGGUCAUUGCAUGCAAGGGAGGAAAUCGUAUUUGAGCUUCUGCAGCACUUGAGGGGAAAUGCUGCAAAAAACAUGCUAGAGGGAAUCAAAAAGAGUACAAGGGAAAUGUUGGACGAGCAAGAAGCUGUCCGUGGACGGUUGUUUACUAUUCAGGAUGUUAUGCAGAGCACAGUUCGUGCAUGGUUGCAGGAUAGGAGCCUCCGUAUAAACCAUAAUUUGGCCAUUUUUGGUGGCUGUGGCCUUGUUCUUUCCAUAAUUACCGGUCUCUUCGGGAUCAAUGUAGACGGCAUACCAGGGGCCCAGAAUACUCCAUACGCAUUUAGCACGUUUGCGGGAACUCUCGUCGUCAUAGGAAUUAUCCUGAUCGGGCUUGGGUUGCUGUAUCUUGGGUUGCAAAAUCCUAUCACCGAAGAGCAGGUUCAGGUGAGAAAGUUGGAACUCCAAGAGCUGGUGUCGAUGUUCCAGCACGAUGCAGAAACUCAUGCAAAGGUUAGAGAUGGCAUCUCAAGGCAUAAUUUGCCUCCAACAGCUGCAGAUGUGAUAGCCGAAAGAGGUUAUGUUCUUAUUGCCUGAAAAUAGCAUUAGAGGACGUAGGGUUUGGGUUGUGUUCGGUGGCCGUUGGACCAUCAAGGUCAUCGUAUCUCACCGCAUGCAGAGUCAUCCAAUGGCUGCCACGGUUAUCAGAUCAUCAAGUGGUCUGAUGACCAUCAGACCUCACCGUCAGUAAAUCGAAGCUACCUAAGACACCAAUCUGGGUGCUCCACGUAUCAUUUUGUAGUUCUACUCUGCACAUUAGCUGUCGGGUAUCAUCGCUUUUUUUUCUUUGUUUUCUGUGGUGGAAACUGCAAUUUUAACUCCUGCUUUCCAUUAAAUUUAACAGAUGUCUGUUACUAUUAAGUCAUUGAAGGGAGGUUGUUAUUGAUCAGAGUCA